AUGCGUCAGCCAGCUGCAAUUCGCUACUUUUUACAAAAACAAAUUCCUUUUGAAGAAAGAAUUCUUGUCACUGACACAGAAUCAGGAUUCAAAACCACUGGUGAUUAUUGGUUUCCAUUGCCCGUCAUUAAUGAUGGAAAAGAGAUUGGUUCGGAAAAAUCACAUCAUCUCGCUGAGGAAGAUCAUCCUGAUUUUGAUAUGACAAUUCCAUCAGACAAAAAUUUAUGCUUCGCCAGAUUAUAA